UGUUGUCCUGUCAAUAAAAUCAGUAGAGUGAAUGUCAGUAAUAGUCCAAAUAACUUUUAUAAUUUACUAUAACAUGUUUUAAAAUUACAAUGGCGCUAGAAUUAACUACGAAAUGAGCGUGUUUUAAUUGCAGUUUUUGAGAGGGUAACGUGAAAUGUCCUCAGAAUCGAUAGAAUGUGCCAUCCAUAUUGAUAACGUCGACGUAGAGGACGGAAAAGAGAAUGGAUCGAAGUCAGUUUUAUCGUGCGAUUCCGGUGUCGAGACCCUUAAUUCGACGCCAGUUGCAUAUACUAUACCAUCCAACUCCAAUUUAAAGCCCGAAAACGCAGAUAUGCCCUUAGAAUUAAACUUACAAAGUGGUGCUCCAGAAAGCAGUUCAGAGCUGUCUACACCGACUUCGCUAUCCUCCGAUAAAGGUAAUUGUUUUUUGAAUUUCGAAGAGAACGUCAACGAAACAGACGAAAUAGAAAACAUAGAAAAUUUAAAUAUAGAACUAGAAACAGCUUUUAUUAUUUCAAAUGAUAGUAUUACAGAUGGCAUGAGAAAAUCGCUGUACAUAAGUUCUAAUAAUGCCAUAGCAACAUCAACUGUUAGCUUGAAUGAGCAUAUUAUUAAGGAGAAAAAUAUUAAUAGCUUGAUUAGUCGAAGCGCUGAAAAUAUAUCUGUAUUAAAUGAGUUAGUUGUAAAAGAUGAUGAUUCAACCACCUCUAGGACCAAAGACCUCGAUAAGGAUGAAAUAUUAUCGGAAUUUUCAUCUCAUAAAAAUAAAGUAAGUGCCACACAGAAAAUUGUACCUGAAAAUCUACAAACAGUCGAUGUCCGAUAUGCCAAAUUACCCAAAGACAUACUCUCACCAGAUUUGGGGAGUAUCGUUAAAAAUGUUCAUGGCAUAUUCUCCUCUGUUAGUGGGAGUUUAAAAAAUGCAUAUAUUAACAGUCACAGAGUGUCUCAAAAGCCACAGAUAAAAAAUGUUAAACCAAUAGCUAAUGGAAAAAUUAUGAGUGAUAUUUUCGAAGAUGCAUCCGAUGAGAAACUCAAUGAAACCAUACUGGAUAAAACACCUGUUGAAUCAAACUCAAAUAGUAUGGAAUCAGUUGCUAAAGUUAGUAACGAAGACGACUGUAAUCCGAAAAAUGAAAUGUUGAAGUUGCAAAUUGAAUCAUUAGAGCGUGUUUUGUUUGAGCAACGGAAAGAGAAUACGUCGUUAAGGGAUAGGGUUAAACAGCAGGUGGACGAACUGCAAGCUAAGGAUCAGACAUUUAAAGAGUUGGAGGCAAGGGUGGAUUUAAUGUGUAAGCGAGCAGAACUAGCACAGAAGGAGAAGGAUGCAGCAGUGAUGCGCUAUGCCAGCACAGAGUGUGCGGCAAUAGAAGCCAAGAAGGCUGCAGAGACUGCUGCCAAGUCUGAACGUGCAGCACUCGCCGAGAGAGAUCUGCUCAAUGCCAAGCUUAAGACUGCCAGAGAGGAGAAACAGAGGAUCUGCCAGCUGUAUGAUGAUAAGUGCCACGACCUACAGAACUGCGAACGCGAGGUUUCGAAGGUGCGGGAAGAGUUGCGUGAGAUAGAGGGCAGGCUCAAAUGGACACAGAGCAAACUUCGUAUGGAGAUGGACGUGUCUAAGGAGAGCACGGAACGCGCUGAGAAGCUGUCACAGCAGCUAUUAGAGUUGGAAGCUGUUAAAGAGGCGGCCAUUGCGAAUUCCACAGACACUGCGCGGGCAAAGCAAUUAGAAACAGAACUUAAGGAGAGUCAGGCAGAUCUGAUACUAUGCCGUCACGAGAAAGAGGAUUUGGAGCGAAGACUCAGCAUCUCCCUCCAGCAGUUGGAUACCUGUAGGAGGGAGAGAGACGACGCUACUACCGCUCUCGUAGAAGCCAACAAACAGGUGGAGUGCCUAAGAGAAAGCAACGUCCGUCUUGAGGAGGAAGCCGCAGAAUUGGCGGCGUUGAGAGCUCAAGCUGCCCUGGCUGAUACUCUUGGUGCACAGUUACAGAGGGAGACGGAGAGGGCCUGUGUCGCAGAGCAAGCUCUUAGUGCAGAGCGUGCACGAGCGGAGACGUGCUCCAGAAGAGAAGCGGGAGCAUUGGAGCACGCGGCACGUUUGACCGCGCAACACGUUGCAUCUAGAGCGUGCGCCAGUGAGCACGAGGCUAAGGCGCAAGCCCUUGCAGCUGACAACGCUUCUCUGCGGGAGAAAAUCGAAGCGCUGGAGAGUGAAGCUGAGAGAUUGAAGGUAGCGCUGCAGGAGGAAACGGAGAGACGUUAUAAGGAGAAUAGAGUACUUGCUAGGAAGGUCGCAGAACUAACGGAGGACGCUGCGCAGGCGAACCAGAAGCUAGAGUGGGAGACCGGUGAGAACAACGUGCUGAAGAAGAAACACGCCAGUGCCAUUAAGGAACUGAAUCGCGAGCUGCAACGCGCCUUGAAGCGUAUCGAACAGUUGGAAUCCAAACUACCUCAGCAGGACGCUACCUCUAUUAGAACAGGUUCGGUAUCUUCACUCAGCAGUAGCGAGACUCCCCCGCACGAAGAGAGAUUGCAAAAUGGACAUGUGCACGGUGACCCGUUGCCCGAUGUGCAGGCGCGAGAGCCCGAUCGCCAAGCCCUAGUGGAACGUAUAGUCUCCCUGCAACGCGCCGCAGCGGCGCGCGCGGAACGCUGCGAGUUCCUGCAGGAGCAUUGCUCUCAGCUGACGAGGGAGCUCCGUGGGAAGAGUCGACUGCUACGUGCGUUAUUACCGGCACUGCCGCCCGCCGCUCUGGCAUCUGCUAACGCGGACGAGCAUAAGAAAGAGAUAGCGCGACUAGGAGGUGGAGCGAUGGCGGCUGUAUGGGGCGGUGACCCGGCCGGCAUGACGUUGGAACUGUCUCUAGAGAUGAACAAACGUCUGCAGGCAGUGUUAGAGGAUACGCUGCUCAAAAAUAUUACGCUUAAGGAAAAUAUGGACACGUUGGGUGAGGAGAUAUCCAGACUGCGAGAGCAAACGAAAAGUGAUGACAAGAAAUAGUUUAAUUUAACAUAGUUGUUAUGAGUAUUAUGCAAAUGUAAAUAUAAUUUAUUAAAACUAACUAGCUUCUUUAAGCAUUAAACACACAGAAUCUGGGGCGGAGACGAACUGGGUAUUCUUGAAUUGUUAUAUUUUGUGUUACACGUUACAUAGAAAUGGGAGGGAAAGAUAGCUAAUGUAUUCGUUACAUUCUAGGACUUCUAGGAGUUAAAAAUUUGCAUUAUUUAUUUAUAUAUUUAUCACUAGCUUAUGCCAGUGACUUGUCUGUUUAACACGACUAAAAGAAGCGCACGAUACACAAGCUCGCUCGAUCGACAUGUUGACUGUGUGAUAGAAGGCAAAAACAAAAUACAAACCUUGUGUUAAUGGUUAUAGUAUAAUUAUUUUUAAGGAAGCGAAAACAAUUAUUAGGAAGAUUUUUAAUUAUUGAAUGAAAAUUAUUGAAGUUG